AUGCCGGAAUUUGAUCAGAAAAAGGCGUACGCCGAGCAAGAAGAUGUCUUCUUCGACGAUGGCCGCGAGAUCGAGCUUCUUCACUUUGUUUACGACCUCCCAGAUAUUGAUUUAAUCCGUGGUUCGCCGCAGAAAGUGCUGGAGGCGAUUGAUUUAUUCGGACGGACGAAGAAGUAUCUCAUGAAUGUGGGAGAGGACAAGGGGAAGAUUGUUACCGAAUUGAUCGCAGAAGUCAAGCCCAAGACGAUGGUCGAACUAGGCGGCUACGUAGGCUACUCCGCCAUCCUCUUCGGCGACGCCCUCCGUCGAGCAGGAGGAAGCAAAUACCACACGCUCGAACGCAACCCCGAAUUCGGCGCCGUAAUCAUGGCCCUCGUCUCCCUCGCCGGCCUCUCCGACAUCGUCACCGUCGAAAUCGGCUCCAGCGACGAAUCCCUCGCCCGCCUGCACCACACCGGCGACCUCCAACACAUCGACCUCCUCUUCCUCGACCACUACAAACCCGCCUACACGACCGACCUGAAACUCUGCGAGGAGCUGAAGUUGGUGGGACCGGGCAGUGUGUAUGCGGCGGAUAAUGUGAUUAAGCCGGGGAAUCCGCCGUAUUUGGAGUAUGUGAGGAGUAGUGUGGAGGGGAAGAGGCAGAAGGUGGAUGAGGAGGGGGAGGAUGGGGUGAAUGGUGGAGGCGAGCCGGAUAAGAGGUUUGCGGCGAGGCAGUUGGCGCAGUAUGCGAAGAGGGUGGAUAAGGAAGUACUUGGGAAGAGGAAGGGGAAUCCGAAUUUGAGGUAUGAGAGUCGGUUGGUGAAUAGUUUUGAGCCGACGGGGGUUCCGGACGGCAUUGAGAUUACACGAUGCGUUGGCGAGGAACGCUGA